UCACUCUAUGGUCUGCUAACAAGCUGCGGCUCCUUUAAGGACUAGUCCUGCCCCCCUCAGCUAUUUUACGAAGCUCAUUGGCUGGCGCUGCAGUACGUUGUCUGAAAGCGGUGGAGCGAAGAGUGAAGGAAUCCCUGAGAGGCAAGCUGCCCGAGUUGGUGCCUACAGCGCCUAAAGCGCUCUGCGUACUUUUUCCUGAAGUGCCUCCAGCUCUAACCUCAGUCUUUGGUGGUGCUAGUAAAUAUCAAAAAUAAGUGCCAUAGGCUGGGGAUUUAGCUCAGUGUUUCCGGCGCCUGGCUCGCAAGCUCAAGGUCCCGAGUUCGAUCCCCGGUACCAAAAAAAAAAAAAAAAGUGCCAUAAAGGCGCAUCUUGUUCAGGCAAAAGUUAAGACAACUACGGUGGAAGUGUCUGGGUCCUUCUAAGGGGCUUCCAUGCGGUUUUCCCAGAGUACACGGCGCGCAACAGCACUUUGGGGAACAUUUUGGGUGGAGCCGGCCAGCAGUGAGGCUGGGCGUGGCCCUGCACAAGACCCUAGGGCUCGAGUAUAAAAAGGCUCAGCUGGGCGGGGUGGAGACACCUAAUACUGAGGCUCAGGUUUUCCCUGUGGUUGUUGGUUGGGACUCCCCUUCUAGAACUCGAAGCCCGUCCUGUCAUUCUUUUUGCGCCUUAGAACAUCACUCUUAGUAGUUUUGACGUCUGUAAGUUGGAAGCAGUGGAACACCCACCCUAUAUAGGGAGUUUGUGAGAAUUGGGUGAGAUGAGAUUUGUCCUAUAGUAAGUACUUGGCUACCCUGGUGUAGAGUUGAGAGGAGAGCCGGCUGUGGUGGCACACGCCUGUAUUCCCAGUACUCAGGAGGCUGAGGCAGGAGGAUCGCCAUGAAUUUGAGGCCAGUCUGGGCUACAUAGUGAGUUCAGGGCCAGCCUUAACUACAAAGGGAGACCCUGCCUCAAAAAACAAAAUAAAAAGAACGGGGAUUUAGCUCAGUGGUUCCACCGCCUGCCUUGCAAGUGCAAGGUCCCGAGUUCGAUCUCCAGUACCAAAAAAAAAAAAAAGAAGAAGAAAGAAAAAGAAUUAAAGGAAUGUGGAACCAUCCCCCUGCUGAGUUUCAGUUUCCUCAUCCACAAAAUGGAACUAAUACUCCUAGUCCAUUGCCAGGAGGAGUUGGCCAGGAGCCCUGGACCCUUCUGGCCCUGGCCAGAUCCCUGGCCUGAGGACGCAGAGGAGAGAUGCCCUGGGCUGUCCUGCUCCUUGCAGCUGGCUCGUUGGCCAUCCCAGCACCAUCCAUCUUCCUGGUACCCCCCUAUCCAAGCAGCCAGGAGGACCCCAUCCACAUCUCGUGCAUGGCGCCCAUGGCUUUCCUGGGGGCGAACUUCACGCUGUACCGAGGGGGACACGUGGUGCAACUGCUGCAGGCCCCCGAGGACCAGGCUGGGGUCACGUUCAAUGUGAGUGCCAGCAUGGGCAGCGAGGUUCCCGGUGGGCAGUUCCGCUGCCAGUACAGCGUGAUGGGCGAGCACAGCCAACAGCAGCUGUCGGACCUCAGCCAGCCAGUGCAGGUCUCCUUCCCAGUGCCCACUUGGAUCCUGGCGCUCUCCCUCAGCCUGGCCGGAGCGUUCCUCCUCCUUGCUGUGCUGGUGGUCUUUGCUGUGGUGGCCAGGAAAGUUAAAGUCAAAAAUUUACAGAAGAAACGAGAACGGGAAUCGUGCUGGGCACAGGUUAACUACGCCAACACAGACAUGUCCUUCGACAACUCCCUGUUUGCCAUCUCCAAGGCAAAGAGGACGCCUUUGAAGGAAGACCCAGUGGCCACCCUGGAUGCCUGCCCUGGCAGUGCUGGACCCCGGCAGAGGCCAACCUCCACGUCCUCCUCACCAGAGGCCCCUGAGUUCAGCACUUUCCGGGCCUGCCAGUGAGGUCGAGGACUGGGGAGCCCUCCGAUCAGCUCACUGUCUCCCAAGCUGCCUGGAGGCUUUUGGGGGCUGAGGGCCUCCCCGUACUGGGAGGGGGUUGCUCCAGCUGCUGCUUUCUCAGGGAAUCGAAUGCAGGGCUUGAGGGGGACCAGGUGACUUUCCUCCCAAAAGCAUGGGGGAAGGAAUGAAGAUGUCGGCCUGGGGUUGGACGGAAAGCAAGAAGCCCCUUUGUGGACCCUCAGCUUCUCAAGACCACCAGAGAGCCGGGUGUGGUGUUUCACACCUGGCAUCCCAGUACUCGGGAGGCUGAGGCAGGGGGAUCUCUGUAAGUUCAAGGCCAGCCUUCUGGUCCCCUCCUGGGCUUUAGUGGUCUACAUUCCCUACCCCCUCCUCUCCUCCCUCAGGGUUCAGGGGUCUGCUGUGUCCCCCAACGCAGGGCCUAAGUUAUUCUAACACGUGUUGUGCGCUCACUGUG